UCUGACAUAUCAAACGGACAAGACAAGUCGCCGGCUCGGCCAGUUUUCAAAAGCUAUUCAUCAUCAUCCAGUGAACUUGUCAAUUAACUUUUUGAUGUUGCUUGCUUCGUUUUUUAUUCUGUGCAGGAAAAAAACAUCAAGACCAUGCCUCCUCCUCUCCAUGGUCAGUGCGGUCGUCGCUCACCCCCACCAAUAAAUCUUGGACAUUCAAAUUCAAUAGCCCGUCACCAUCACCAUCAAACAAGAUUCAUCUCACAUCAACCCUCCAACACCAACCAUGAAAUUCUCGAUUUCUUUGACCAACUUCUUCCACAAUGCUCUUCUGCUCACCAUUGCAAACAAAUACACUCCCAAAUUGUUGUCACUGGCGCUCACCGAUUUGGGUUCUUGUUGGCCCGAAUUUUACCAGUCUAUUCUCGUUUCGGGCUUAUUGGUUAUGCCCAGAGAGUAUUCAACACAUCCCCAAUUGAGUGUCUUUCAAACAUUCUAUUAUGGAAUUCGAUAUUGAGAGCUAACCUAUCCAAUGGGUACUAUGUCGAGGCCAUUAAUAUUUAUGUUAGAAUGCGGGAACAAGGAGUUUUGGGUGAUGGUUUUACUCUUCCUAUGGUUAUAAAGGCUUUCGGAUUUAUGGGUAGGUCAGAUUUGUGUAAAAUAGUUCAUUGUCAAGCCUUUGGGAUGGGUUUUAAGGAUCAGGUCCAUGUUGCAAAUGAAUUGAUUGGAAUGUAUGCAAAAAUUGAAGAAACAAGAGAUGCACGCAAUGUGUUUGAGAGAAUGAGUGUUAAGAGCCAUAUUUCAUGGAAUAUGAUGGUCUCGUGCUAUGCACAGAAUAACGACCGUGAUGGUGCUUAUGAGAUUUUUAAACGGAUGGAGCAUGAAGGGUUGAGACCAAAUACAGUGACAUGGACAUCACUGUUGUCAAGUCACUCUCGCUGUAGGCGUCAUGAAGAGACUAUGGAGUUGUUUAAUUCAAUGAUGAGGAGUGGAGUCAAUGCUAGUGGCGAAGUACUUGCCGUGGUAUUAUCUGUUUGUGCUGGUUUGGGAGUUUUUGACAAGGGUAGAAUGAUUCAUGGGUAUGUUGUAAAGGGCGGAUUUGAGAAUUACUUGUUUGUGAAAAAUGCUUUGAUUUCUAUGUAUGGGAAUCAUAGUGACGUGCAAGGGGCACGGAACUUGUUUAUGGAAAUGGAAACCAAGAACGUCGAGAGUUGGAAUUCUUUAAUAACCUCAUAUGCUAAAUCUGGUUUCUGUGACGAGGCCUUUCAAUUAUUUUCACAGAUUGAGCAGUCAGAUCAUUGUCCAAAAUUGAGACCCAAUGUAGUAAGUUGGAGUGCUAUAAUUAAAGGAUUUGCUUUGAAAGGCCAAGCAAAUGAGUCUCUUGAAAUUUUUCGGCAAAUGCAGCUUGCAAACAUAAAAGCCAAUUCAGUGACAAUUGCUAUUGUUCUAUCAGCUUCUGCAGAGUCAGCAGUUCUCAAGCUUGGUAGGGAAAUUCAUGGCUAUGUAAUUAGAGCCUUGAUGGAUGAUAACAUUCUUGUAGAAAAUGGCUUAAUCAAUAUGUAUACGAAGUGCGGAUUUUUGAGGGAAGGACAUUUGAUAUUUCAAAAUAUUGACAAGAAAGAUAUAUUGUCCUGGAAUUCAAUGAUAACAGGGUAUGGAACGCAUGGGCUUGGUGAAAGAGCUUUAACAAUUUUUGAUCAAAUGAUAAAAUGUGGAUUAAAGCCCGAUGGGGUGACCUUUAUUGCUGUUCUUUCUGCUUGUAGUCAUGCUGGGCUUGUUGUUGAGGGCCGUCAGCUUUUUGAUGAUAUGAAUAGCCAAUAUAAGAUUGAACCCCAGAUGGAGCAUUAUUCUUGCAUGGUUGAUUUACUUGGCCGGGCAGGAUUAUUGCAAGAAGCAAACGAAAUGGUCAGGAACAUGCCAAUGGAACCCAAUGCCUAUGUCUUGGGAGCUCUUUUGAACUCUUAUAGAAUGCAUGAAAAUCCUGAAAUUGUUGAAGAAACUGCAUCACACAUCCUUGGCAUUGAUUCAGAGUCAACUGGGAGUUACAUGCUUCUUUCAAACAUAUAUGCUGAAAGUGGGAGAUGGGAUGAAUCAGCUAAGGUUAGGAUUUCUGCGAGGACAAAGGGUCUAAAGAAAAACCCUGGGCAGAGUUGGAUUGAGGUUAAGAAUAAGGUUUACAUAUUCUCAGCAGGAAUGAAUAUGUUGUCUGGCUUGGAGGGAGUUUAUGGAGUUCUUGAGGAAUUGGCUCUGCAAAUGGAAUCCGAAGGUUAUAUUCAUAAAAACAGCAACAUUUUGCAAAAUGAUGUCGGGGAAGAUACUGAACUAGAACAAUGACUCCUUUCUUGGGCAUCCAGAUAUAAGAUAUCCCUUGCUCUCGGCAGAAUUCUUGUUAAAUUUUCUUGCAAAGGUGCAAAGAUCUACAUGCUAAGCUUUGGGGUUUUUGGAAUUCCAAUAGCAUUGAUUUAUAUCUCCAUCGCAGAAUGCUGCAGAACGGAAAAUCGAUGCCAAAUCUGGACCAACAGAGCACAAAGCUGCUAAAUCUCACAGUUCUCCAGCGAAUCGAUCCUUUCAUAGAGGAGAUUAUCAUUACCGCCUCUCAUGUUACCUUCUAUAAGUUCAAUAGUGAGCUCAGCCAAUGGUUUGGUCCCUCCUCUCUCUCUCUCUCUCUCUCUCUCUCACUCACUCAUUUGCUCUCUCCG